ACCUCAAUUUGUCAAAAUAACCACAAAAGAAACAAAAAAAUUCCAAGAUGAAAAAAAAUUAUAAAAAUCAUUUUUCUGUCGCCACCAAAAAUGGCGAUUUCUUGAGUUAAAAAACUGUGAUGUAAUCGAAGUGGUGCGCUGCAUGACAAUUUCUCAUGUCGAAUUUUGUAAUUGAGUUGCAAGUUUCAGUGAUGUUUAAGUGGAUAAUUAGAGUUUGUUAUUUUGUGUAAUGGGAGAAUCGGAAAAAUAAGAAAAAUAUCAAUCACACAAAAAUGGAUACUCAAACAUAUGAGAUCCCAUCAUGGGUACCACAAAUCGAACGUGGUCAUGUAUCUGAUCAAGGAAUUAUAAUUGCCGAUUCGGAAGGUGACAGUGGCAAUCAUACUGACUAUCUGGUACACGAAGUGCCAUCUAACAUUGACCAAAUAGCUGCUGAAAAUCUUAUCUUUAUGGCUCGAGAUGGACAAAUGGAAAUCAUCGAUGGUAGAAGUGAAGUACAUCAUGGCGGGAAUGAUGAUAGUGGUAUUGUGAACUUUCACGAUGACUAUGCCGAAACUCAAAUGGUCACCGAAGAAGUGAUCACCGAUGAUUGGGUUCAACAUCAAGGUGAAGAAAGAGUUGAAAUACCUGCUGAGCAGAUAUCUGGCUCUAUGUCCCAUGUCACAGCUCAAGACAUUGAAGUGCCUUUGCCAACGGUGCAAGAUGAAUACACCGCCUUACGACCAUAUCCAUGUGAUUUUUGCAGUCGCAGAUUUCGCAAAAAAGUUAGUCUGAUGAAUCAUAUGGUUGCCCAUCAGAAUGAUCGACCACAUGUCUGCAAAUUGUGUGGAUCGCGUUUCUUUCGACGAAGUGAUUUGAUAAAUCACUUAAAAGCUCAUGCUGAAUCAUCAGAGUUUGAUGAUAAUGAAUUUUUCCAGCAGGACGAAAGACAAUCACCCCCACCAAAUGAUCAUUACUACGAUCAAGAGUGGGAAACAGAAAUUAAAUCGAGUAAAAAAUCUAGAGGAGGAAAACGUAUUCCAAAAGGUGCACCUAAAGAGGAGAAUUACACUAUCGACGAGACUCUUCGCCAAAAGCAUCAACAAGUUCCACAAGAACAAAAUAAUCACCAAGAGCCACAGGAGAGGCAGUUCUUUGAGGAAGAAACUAAUGUUGUGGAUGAUAUUAAGAACAUUCAACGGUUUCCUGUCAUAGAUGAAAAUAAGCCAUUUGUGUGCCAACAGUGUGGUUUAUCAUUUGCCAGAGAAAAGGCACUAUCAUCUCACGUAAAGGCUCAUCGUAAUGAUUCUACAUUUGAAUGUGGAACUUGUAAUGAACUCUUCUGGGAUGCCAACACUCUGCAAGAGCAUCAGAAAUCACACCAAUUCGAAGCGAGUAACUCUGAAUACGAGCCGGACAUCGAUAAUGAAAGUGAUUCUGAGUCAGAAUACAAAUAUGGAGAUUUCUAUUGCGCCCAGUGUGGGAUGUCUUUUCAUCGUCAGGAUCUGCUAAGGCGUCACUCGAAGUCUCACAUUAAAAAGGAGGUUGUUGAUAAGGAUCAGCAUUGUUGCAAUACCUGCGGUGAGUCUUUUGUUGAGGCAUUAGACUUGUUAGCUCAUGCCGAGAUACAUGCAAGAUAUCCUCCUUUCAAAUGUGUUUUAUGUGGUGAAUCUUUUUUUGAAGAAUGCACUAUCAAACGCCAUUUGACUAAUCUGCAUUCAGCCGAAAUGACUUCUAAUUCAUGUAUCCUAUGCGGCAAAGAGUGUCGCGAUCGCAAAGCCCUUAUGAAACAUGCUUGGGAUCAUUCGCGUGAAAAAUGCCAUUCGUGCUCGAAAUGUGGAAAGAAUUUUCACAAUAAAGCACGUCUUAAGCGUCAUAUGGCAUCACAUCGAGACAAAUCGGUUGUAUGUAAUGUUUGUCAGGAAGAAUUUCCCGACGGAAGAUCCCUAUCGAAUCAUAGGCAUUCGCAUAGUGUAAAUGCAUCGGGGAAACUGUUCCCAUGCAAUGAGUGUGGAAAGACUUUUGGAUCGAGAAGUUCACAACAGAUUCAUGUGCGUAUUCAUACUGGUGAGAGACCAUAUGGAUGUCGUUAUUGUUGGAAGGCAUUCGCUGAUGGUGGUACUUUGAGGAAACAUGAAAGGAUUCAUACAGGUGAAAAGCCAUACGCGUGCUCUGUGUGUCCACGCGCCUUUAACCAACGUGUUGUCCUGCGAGAGCACAUACGUUCUCACCACUCUGGACUGGAUUCCAAGAGGCAGACAUACUACUGUUCGGUAUGCUGCAGUGAGUUGCCAUCAUCAACCGAAUUGAUUCAGCACUUGAUUCAACAUAGUGACAUCAAUACAGCCAUGCAACGGCAACCUGUGACUGGUCCAAGGAAGUAUAAACGCCGCCGAAAGCUAAAGCCCCAUGAGAUUGAUCGCCUGCGAACUGAGAACAAAAAUAGCAGUGAUAUCGACAUCUCUGACUUUGAUAUGGAUAAUGUCGAUGAUCUGCUAGGUAUUCCGAACUCGACACCAUCGUCAACUAACAAAACCCACAGAGGUCCCACGCCUUCUGAACAAACGUCUUCCACCACUGCCCUACUAGGAUCAUCCGAAGGUGAUUCCAAAAAACAACGGUAUAACUCGACUGGUAGUGACAAAUAUACCAAUAACUGGCAUACCAAGUUGAUUAACUCUUCCACCGAAGAUACAUACAAAUCACUUUUGUCGAACUUGGAGAAUACUCUUCAGAGUAUUGAUACCCUGGUUGUGAGUACUCCUUCGUCGUAUAACACAACAACAACUCCUGCAGAAGUUCCCCCAUCAACUUCAACCACCUCGAUUACUACAAGUCUUCCUAAAACGCCAAAAGGUGCACGCAAAAAGAACGCAUCAUCAUCGUCAAAGGCAUCAUCUAGUCGUCCAAAGAUGAUACAUACAGAAAAAACUCGUCUGCCGAUCGAAAAUGGAAAACGUAAAACGAAAACAUUCGUUACACGCACGGAACCCACUGAAUUGGACAUGUUUAGCCAACGUUCCAAAUGUUCCUCAUCUCAUGCAAAUGAUUACGAGAUCAUCUCACCUGACAAGUACCCGCCUAAUCAGAUUCAAUCUAGUCCGGUUCAUAUCAAACAAGAAAUUGUCUGCAGCCGAAGUGAACUUUACGAUGCUCAACUUCUCCUUGAAGCAACAUCAGCCCGAAGAGAGCUGGACAAAUACAAUCCCGCUAUAGUUCAUGAUUUGGAAGAAAUUCUUCGAUCACCCGAUAAAUCCAAGUCACCUAGACGACGAACGAUCAGUGAUCGAACAGAUGAUGAAAUCAAAGCGGAACCCUAUUCACCGAUUCAACAAAAUUUCGACUUUGUCCGCAGAUCAACUAGGUCCAGGCGACCAAUGGUGAAUAGAAAAUACCUCGCUUAUGAAACCGAUUUGCCUGCACCUGCCCCAUCAAAAUCAAAACCGCGAACAGAGAAAAGAGAAAGUAAACCUUUUAUAAGUUCGCCACCAACGGUAUUGAAAAGUUCUCCAAUACCAUCUUCCCCGCCUACACCGCCAACGCCUCCGGUUAAGAAACAACACUAUUUCGAGUGUGAGAUGUGUUCUUCAGUGUUUCCAGAUCGGGCACAACUGCUAGACCAUGUACCUAUACAUAUUUAAAUGAAAAAAAAAAAAACUGAACGAGAAAAGAUGGAGAAAUUUUUUUAAAAAAGAUCUCUUCUUAACAUUUUUACCAAACCAAACCUUUUUAGAAAAUAGAUUGUACAAUGAGUAUUCCUUUGAAGAAUUAGAAUAAUAGAAUUUUAGAUGGUAUUUUAAUUUACUACUUUAUUUGUUGUUGUUGGAAAUUGAAGAGCAAUAAAAUAAAAGCAAAUAUAUUAUUAUGGUCGUGAGUCACUAACACGAAAU